CGACUGAGAGAGAGAGAGAGAGGGGGAGAGAGGCAUUUGAUUCCAAACAGUUUCUUGUUUCGUUUUCUAUCCAAACAAACAAACAAACUCAGAACAAACCUCCCACUUCUCUUUCCUCACGUUUCCACCGAUUCUUCUCUCUUUCUCUCGUUUUCUUUCUCCCAAGGAUUUUGGUACAAUUGACUACGGAAGAAAGGAAGGAGUUUCUCUCCUUUAUUGUUGCUUCAGGUAGCUGGUGUGCAACCACGUGGAAUUAAUGCAAAUGGAAGUUUCUUCAGUGGGUGGCAGCAUAUAUUGCUUGGCCCACCAAGUUGAUGUGGCAUAAUGGAAGGAGAAAUUAUCCAAGAACUACUACAACUUUUUGCUGGGGAUUGAUGAAAAAUUCUUCAAUGGUAGACUUUAAAGGCAGUUACCAUCCAGCCAUAUCUUAUAGGGCCAUACAACCCUCUGAUUUGACUAUGCUUCAAAAGAUCCACAGUGAUCUAUUCCCUAUCAGGUAUGAAUCUGAGUUCUUCCAUAACGUUGUUAAUGGGCAUGAUAUUGUCUCUUGGGGUGCUGUUGAUCGCAGUCGAUCCAAUGGACAAAGUGACGAACUUAUUGGAUUUGUUACUGCACGAAUUGUUCUGGGAAAAGAUAGCGAGAUAGAAGACUUGCUCAGAUAUGGCUCCUCAAAGUCAGAUCAAACACUAGUUUACAUUUUGACACUUGGUGUGGUACAAUCAUACAGAAACCUUGGGAUAGCGUCUUCGCUUGUUCGAGAAGUUAUCAAAUAUGCCUCAAGUAUUCAAACAUGCCGAGCAGUUUACCUCCAUGUGAUUUCUUAUAACAACCCUGCCAUCCGUUUCUACCAGAAAAUGUCUUUCCAGUGUGUGGGACGGUUGCGUGGUUUUUAUUUCAUUAACGGUCGGCAUUAUGAUUCUUUCUUAUUCAUCUACUAUGUCAAUGGAGGCCGAUCACCUUGCUCACCACUGGAGCUUGUCGCACUGUUGGCGACGUACUUGAGGAGUGGGCUUAAGCUGGUGGUUGCAAAGCUAUGGAAAAACGACGGUAAGAAGGUUUCUAGAUGGAGUGGUGGUAGUAAAGAAAGCCGUUGCCUUAUACCAGCGAUUCAAAGUAAGAAAAUGCUCAUGGCAGAGGGUACCGGAUUUCAGUGUGUUUAGCUGUGGCUGAUGAUGUUACAAUGGACGGGCUCAGUGGUCAAUACUAAUGGAUCUUCUCUCUCUCUUCUGUAACAUCUGGUGUAUGUCUAGAGUCUGUAACUUCUGGUGUAUGUCUAGUCUAGAGCAAAUAAAUAAUGUGUAGUUGCAACUCCAUGCUAUGCAAAAGGUUUGUGUCUUUGCAAUUAUAUACUUACAUGGAGAAGGUGAUUUUAGGUUUUGCUUGUAA